AUGGGCCACAACUCCACGCUGAGCCCGCCAGCCCUGCAGCCCUUGUGGGAUCACGUCCUCCUGCAGCAGCGCUGGGCUGUGCAGAGCCCCGUGUUCCCCGUCCUCCUCUCCCUGUCUGGCUACCUCGCCUUCUGUCUGCCCUUCGCCGCCGCCGACCUGCUGGGGCCUCGACUGCCCGGCUUGCCCCGGUGGAAGAUGCAGCGCUGGCGGCCGGGACCUCGCCCCAUGGCCCGGUGCUUGGGCCGAGCCCUCUCCAACCACCUCCUCUUCGUGCUGCCGGCCGUGGGGCUGAAGGGCUGGUGGUGGGACCCUUCGGCCCAUCCGCCCGCUGCUGCCCCCACCCUCUGCCAGCUGCUGGCCGGCGUCCUGAGCUGCCUGCUGGUGUUUGACCUGCAAUACUACAUCUGGCAUGUGGUCCACCACUGGGACCCGCGGCUGUACCGGGCUGUACACGCCACCCACCACCGCUACGCUGCCCCGUUCUCCUGGGCAACACAACAACUCGGGCCCUGGGAGCUCCUGACCGUCGGCUUUUGGAGCAGCACCACCCCGCUCCUCCUGAAGGUCCACCCGCUGACCACCUGGGUCUUCAUGGUCUCCAGCGUCUGGCUCUCGGUGGAAGACCACAUCGGCUACGACCUCCCCUGGGGUCUCCACCGGCUGGUGCCCGGGGGGCUGGUGGGAGGGUCCCCGGCCCACGACCUCCACCACCGGGACCCCAACACUAACUUUGCCCCCUUCUUCACCCACCUGGACCGGGCAUUCGGCACCGCCUACAGCCACCAGGCACAAGGCAGCCUCCAGUGGUGAUGAGAGCGAAGGAGGUGAUGUUGCUGUUGCUGUUGCUGUGGCUGGGUGUAGUCUGGACCAGAUGAUAGACUCAAGAUGCUGCCUGACAACGAGGUUGAGCUUGUGCAGAUAUCAAUGAAGCAUUUUCCCCAACUCGCUGCCCCUUCUUGUCCAAAACAGUCACUGGAGGAUCUUCAGCGGGUCGGGCAGCAUCUGUGGAGGGAAUGGACGGAUGAUGUUUCGGGUCAGACUCGCUUCUUGCCCUUUGGUGGAUGAGGGGACUCGGCCUCUCUGGAUCCAUUGAGGAGGAGCCGUGGACGCUUCUACAGAUGGGCUAGUAGGCGACAGAAGGAGGGAAUGGAGGUGGAGGUGGUGCCUGAUGCUUGGCCUCAAGGUUCUCAAUAGCAUCCUGAAGGCAUCUUCUACCCCCGACCCACUGUGCUGUGGACCAGAGGUUCCCAACAGUGGCGCAGCGCCAGAGACCCGGGUUCGAUCCUGACUACAGGUGCUGACUAUACGGAGUUUGCACGUUCUCCCCGUGACCUGCGUGGGUUUUCUCCGGGUGCUCCGGUUUCCUCCCACACUCCAAAGACGUGCGGGUUUUUGUAGGUUAAUUGGCGUUGGUAAAAUUGUAAAUCCUGGUCAGCACGGACUCGGCGGGCCGAAGGGCCUGUUUCCUCGCUGUAUCUCUAAACUAAACUAAACCGAAAAGUGAAACAUGAUAAUGGACGGACAACAUGAAAUUCAAAAUAGAAAAUCCUGCUUGAUUAAACUUGUUGAAUUGGGAAAACCGUGAAUCUAAUUUAUCUUGAUUUUCAAACGUCAUUUGAUAACAUGGAUAGGACAGGUUUGGAGGGAUAUGGACCAAACGCAGGCAGGUGGGACUAGUGUAGCUGGGACAUGUUGGCCGGUGUGGGCAAGUUGGGCUGAAGGGCCAGUUUCCACACUGCAUCACUCUAUGGUAAAAUAACCUGUAAUACAUUAGCGAUAAGGAUCACAGAAGGUGGAGUAGAACUCAAAGUGCUAGAGCAAUUCAGCAGGUCAGGCAGCAUCUGGGGAGGCAAUGGAUCAGAGAAGCCAUCCCGUCUACCAAGGAUCAACAUUCAUACUUGCCACAUCAUCACUCAACUGGAUCCUGGUCAUCUCACCUAUGUGUAGGAAGGAACUGCAGAUGCUGGAUUAACUCAGCGGGACAGGCAGCAUCUCUGGAGAGAAGGAAUGAGUGACGUCUCGGGUUGAGACCCUUCUUCUGUCUGAGAAAUGAUCACCCAUUACUUCUCUCUAGAAAUGCUGCCGGUCCCAUUGAGUUACUCCAGCAUUUUGUGUCUACCCCUUAUGUUAAUAUAUAUUUUAACCUUUGUUUAAAGUAGACUCUUUAAAUGUAUGUGGCUUGGUUGCGUUCGAAUGACUUAAAGUUCAAAUUAUUCAAUUCAAUAUUAAAUUUAAAACUAUUUUAAAGAUUUACAUACCAUUAACUAUUCAUAAUUGCUGUGUUUCAUAUUGUGUUUGCUGCUCGUUUAUCCAAAUAGGGAACUAAUCUCUCCCUCUCUCCCUUCUAUUCAUGUCUUGCUUGUAGAAAACUUUCCAAAUAUAAGAUUUAUACAACGUGUUGUGUGCUGGUUCUCACAUCUGACUUAUCAAACUCUUUGGAAGCACAAAUGGUGGUGGGUGUAUGGAACAAGCUGCCAGAGGAGGUAGUCACCUCCUAUCCCAAUGCUGGGACAGCUGGGACUAUCCCAACAGUUAGACAGGUACAUGGAUAGGACAGGUUUGGAGGGAUAUGGACCAAACGCAGGUAGGCGGGACAUGUUGGCCGGUGUGAGCAGGUUGGGCCGAAGGGCCUGUUUCCACACUGUAUCACUCUAUGACACAGGCUUUUCUGAAGAGCUCCCAGGAAGUUUAAGCCUGGUGGGAAUGCUGUGUACAAUCACUGGAACCACAUCUGGAGGGCAGGCAGAUGUUGGGAAUUUGGGAUCGUUGCCAGAAGCACCUUCAUCGCCAGUGAGUACAAUCACAAGAGGAAUCGAAUAUAGGAGCAAAGAGGUCCUUCUGCAGUUGUACAGGGCCCUAGUGAGACCACACCUGGAAUAUUGUGUGCAGUUUUGGUCCCCUAAUUUGAGGAAGGACAUUCUUGCUAUUGAGGGAGUGCAGCGUAGGUUUACAAGGUUAAUUCCCGGGAUGGCGGGACUGUCAUGUGUUGAGAGAAUGGAGCAGCUGGGCUUGUACACUCUGGAGUUUAGGAUGAGAGGAGAUCUUAUUGAAGCAUAUAAGAUUAUUAAGGGUCUCGACACGCUAGAGGCAGGAAACAUGUUCCCGAUGUUUGGGGGAGUCCAGAAUUAGGGGCUAUAGUUUAAGAAUAAGGAGUAAGCCAUUUAGAACGGAGACGAGGAAACACUUUUUCUCACAGAGAAAUCCUCUGCCUCAGAGGACGGUGGAGGCCGGUUCUCUGGAUGCUUUUAAGAGAGAACUAGAUAGGGCUCUUAAAAAUAGCGGAGUCAGAGGAUAUGGAGAGAAGGCAGGAACGGGGUACUGAUUGGGGAUGAUCAGCCACGAUCACAUUGAAUGGCGGUGCUGGCUCGAAGGGCCGAAUGGCCUACUCCUGCACCUAUUGUCUAUUGUCUACUUUUGACGCCAAUAAAAUAUCACAUAGAAACCAGCUCCCCUGCUUGCAACUUCAAACAGAACAGCCUCUGGAGUGAUAAGUUUCUCUGGUACAAAAGCAAGAGUUGAUUUGAAUUGAGUUUGAGUUUUUAGUUUACCUCAAAUCUUCUUUUUGUGUCACAGUUCCUGUUAGACGGUCUUUGUUCUUGAAAGGUAGAUUGGGUUGGGAGAGGAUAUUAGAUUCUUUACUCACAAUGCAGGAAGGAAUCUCAGGUUUGUAAACUCUCCCCCCGCUGUGUUCAGACACUACUUCACCUGACCACAGUCUCCCUGGUCCAUUAAAGGUAAUCAAAGUGCUGGAUGUGAAUGUCCAGAUAUGUCACCACCUCCGCUCACCUUCAUCACCCCUACAGUCAAAAGGUCAAAUGGAAAACCAAUGCACAAUGAGUGACUUGCGAGACUACAGUGUGGAAACAGGCCCUUCGGCCCAUCGAGUCCACCCCGACCAGCGAUCACCCCAUACAAUAGCACUAUGAUACACACUAGGGACAAUUUACAAUUUUACCGACGCCAAUGAACCUAUAAACCUGCACGUCUUUGGAGUGUGGGUGGAAACCGGAGCACCCGGAGAAAACCCACGCAGUCGCGGUGAGAGCGUUCAAUCUCCGUACAGACAACACCAGCAGUCAGGAUCGAACCGGGCCACUGCCGCUGUAAGGCAGCAACUCAACCGCUGUGCCACUACUCCUGAGAAGUGAAUUAAUCCAGGAUAUUAUGCUUGUGGCCACAUUUGGAGUUGGCAUCGAAACAAGUGCACAUACAAAUGUUGGUUGUGGUACAGGGUUAGUUUAUUUGCUUUCAUUCCCAGAGCUCUGUAACUACCCCAAGCAGAUCAGCAGAAGGUUUGGAGAGGUUAUCAAAGUGGGAUAUCUUUACUGGAGCAUUAGAAAUAGCUUUUCACCAGGUCUUCUCCCAGAGGAGGAUAUUAAGACAUAAAUUAUAAUAACUGGUGACAGGGUUGGUGCACGGAUGACUAACAAUUAUAAUCACGUGGAGAUUUGCCCCUCAAUUCAACACUGGGAAGGUGUGGGGAUGGGGGAGAAAAGUCAACCAGUAUUUGUGCAUCAGGGGUUAUGGGGAGAAGGCAGGAGAAUGGGAUUAGGAGGGAGAGAUAGAUCAGCCAUGAUUGAAUGGCGGAGUAGUUGAUGGGCCGAAUGGCCUAAUUCUGCUCCUAUCACUCAUGACCGUUGAAAGGUCUUUGCAAGAUCAGUUCCAAGGAUGAAUGGGAAGCACGGUGGCGCAACAAUAGAGUUGCUGCCUAGAAGCCCUGUCCCACUGUACGAGUUCAUUCCAAGAGCUCUCCCGUUUUUCAAAAAUCAAACUCGGGGUAAGCACGUAGAAUGUACGUAGCGGGUACGUCAGAGCUCGGGGACGUCUCUUAGCGGCUCAUAACGCUAACGGCAGGUACUCGGGAAGACUCGCUAACGGCAGGUAAGCUCGGGAAGACUCGUGAAGAUUUUUCAACAGGUUGAAAAAUGUCCACGAGAGCCCCGGGUACCGACGAGUGGCCAUUACCGUAAAUCUCCGAGUUCGAAUCAGGGGAAACUUGGGAGAACUCUUGGAAUGAACUCGUACCGUGGACCCGGGUUCGAUCCUGACUAUGGGUGCAGUCUAUACAGAGUUUGUAUGUGCUCCCUGUGACCACGUGAGUUUCCUCCGGGCGCUCCGGUUUCCUCCCACAAUCCUACGACGUGCAGGUUUGUAGAUAAAUUGGCUUCCGUGAAAAAAAUUAUAACUAGCCCCCCAGUGUGUAAGGUAGUACGGGGUGAUCGCUGGCCAGCACAGACUCGGUGGGUCGAAGGGCCUUAUACUGCACUGGAACUGCU